AUGUCAGCUCAACUAUCAGCUCAUCCACAUCUUUAUCGUCUUAUUGUUUGGUUUGAAAAAGAAGAAUUACUUGUACAACAAUUAGUAAUGAAAGUGAUUUCAGAUGUACCAGUUCACAAACGAAAACGAGCACCAAAAACAGUUCUUAUUGAUGGUGCACUGCAAUCUUUAUGGAAUAGUUAUAAUGCUGGAACACUUACUUUAGAAACAUUACUAUUGGAAUCAUCGAAAUGGAUAGCAAGAAAAGCUUGA